CACAUUCAUACUGAGGUGAGAUGUCUACCAAGCAUGCCAUACCCAAACUCAGCCAGGCUCAGGCCGCAGAACUCGUGAAGAGACGCUACGACCUGACUCCCUCUGAAGUCCACUGUCUGCCCAGCUGGGACGACCAGAACCUCCGCGUUGUGACGGUGGACGGGGGACAGUUUGUGCUGAAGAUUAUGAAUUCCAAGACCAAUAAGAACCCCGCCAUGACUGAAGUGCAGACGUAUGCCAUGAACUUUCUGCAGGAGAAGGGACUUCCUACACAGAAAGUACUGAAAACCACCACAGGACAGGUCAUGUUCCUGGAAGACAUCGAUUGUGGCCAUGGUCUACAGAAGUUCCUGGUGCGCCUGUUGACUUAUUUGCCAGGUAUCCAAAUCGCCAAGGCUCCUCUCUCACCAGAACUGCUUUAUGACUUGGGCCAGACAGCAGCCAGGAUGGACCUGGUCCUCAAAGAGAUAGAACAUCCUCAACUCUCAGCGUUGCAGAAAGACGACUUCAAAUGGAACUUGUCAAAUGUUCUUCUCCUGGAGGAGCACAUGAACGUUCUAGAUGGACAUCCUCUCCAGGCGGGCGUGAGGACGGUUCUCCAUCAGUACAAGACCUAUGUGGCCCCUAAAUACUCUGCUUUCCGCAAGUGUGUGAUACACGGCGACUUGAAUCAUCUCAACGUGCUGGUUGAAGCGGACGAGAGCCACGCCUACAAGCUGUCCGGUAUCAUUGAUUUCGGGUAUAUGAGCCUGGGGUACUUUGUGCACGAGCUGGCCAUCAGCAUCAUGCACGCCAUGCUGGCGCGCCCAAACCCCAUGGAGGUGGGCGGAGCCAUCCUGGCAGGCUGGGAAAGUGUCCUUCCUCUGAACCAGGCGGAGAGGGAUUGUCUCUUUUGGUUGGUUCUGGCCCGCUUCUGCCAGUCGGUGGUGCUGUGCGUGCAGAUUCUGACGGUGCAGCCCGAGAACGAGGUAUAUUUCGAGCACAUCACCAAGAACGACCGUCUGAUUCUGCAGCAACUUUUGGAUCUGGGAAAGGAGCGGGUGGAGGAGGUGUGGUUCCAGACGGCCACUGACGUCAGUCGCACAAAGUCCGAAAUGAAAUAAAUCGGCAUGUUGCAAGACGUAUGCGUUCUAUAUUAUCUAUUCAUCUUUUUAUUACUCAAGAACCUACAGUUUGCAUUAAA